AAGAGUGGGAGGGGAAGACAAAAAUGAAGUCAAUUAUACAAGUCGCCGGCUUUUCGCGGCUCCCUCCUCUCUCGCUCGGCUCCUCCACAUGCGCCGCGGUGCACCGUAAAGCCUUCACCCGGGCAUCGGCUCCUAUUGCUUGGCCAUGUCGGACGGAGGCUCCGGGGGGACCGCGGACCGCUUGGCAGGUCGCAACGCGGAGGAGGAAGGGCCGAGCCAAGCCAACAGUUUGCCGCCUGCGGGCGAGUUGCCAAGGAAGCGCAAGGGUGAUGUGGAGGACACAUUGGACGCCCUUGUCCACCAGAGUCUUGACUUCCAAAUGGAUGAAGACCUCGACAGAUCAGAAGAUGAUCAGGAAGCCAAAAUGAAAUGCUUCAGGCAACCUCAUCGUCAAAUUGAGAAGCGGCGGCGAGACAAAAUGAACAACCUCAUCGACGAGUUAGCCGCCAUGAUCCCCGCCUGUCAGCCCAUGCCAAGGAAACUGGACAAGCUGACCGUGUUGCGCAAGGCCGUGCAGCACUUAAAAGCCCUUAAAGCUGGGUCGAGCAGCGCUUUCGCCACUGCCGCCCGCAAGCCUUCCAUCAUCCCUCAUGAUGACCUCAGACACCUUUUGCUUUGGGUUGCAGACGGUUUCCUGUUAGUUGUGAGUUGCGACCGAGGGAAAAUUUUGUUUAUUUCCCAAUCCGUCUCCAAGAUCCUCAGCUUCAGCAGGGUCGAGCUGACAGGCCAAAGUCUUUUCGACCUCAUCCACCCCAAAGACAUCAGCAAGGUGAAGGAGCAACUGUCGUCGUCCGACUUGAACAAUCACCAACGCCUCAUCGACGCUGCCACCGGAGUCCCAGUCCAUGAGGACGCGCCCGUCACGGCGUCUCACUUGUCCACCGGAGCCAGGCGUUCUUUCUUCUGCCGUAUGAAGCACAAUCGAGUGGAGGCAAAGCACAAGGACAAGCGCGUACUGCCCACUGCUUCCAUUAAGAAAGACUCGAGCCGAUACUGUACCCUCCACUGCACGGGAUAUAUGCGCAGCUGGCCCAGAAGCGACCUGGACUCGGAGCCAGGCGACACCGAGAAGGAGGCCUCGGGCCUCAGCUGCCUGGUGACCAUGUGCCGCGUGCAGGGCCACGUGUCCCGCCAACCCCACAAAGACGUCAAAGUCAAGCCCACCGAGUUCGUCACUCGCUGUGCCGUCGACGGGAAGUUCACUUUUGUAGAGCAACAAGCGACAACUGUCAUUGGUUACCUCCCGCAAGAAAUUUUGGGCACGUCUUGUUACGAGUACUUCCACCAGGAUGACCUGCAGCACCUGGCAGAAAAACACAGGCAAGUUCUCCGCAGCAAAGAGAAGCUGGAGACAAUGUGCUACAAGUUCAAAACAAAAUAUGGUCCCUACGUUUCACUCCAAAGUCAGUGGUUCAGUUUUACAAACCCAUGGACCAAAGAGGUCGAGUUUGUCGUGUCGUUAAACCGCGUUGUCCCCAGAGGGCCCAGUCACGCAAAAGAUGACGAGGCAGAAGGCAGCUCCAAAGCUCCUCACGCAGAAGAAUCAAAACAGUUACCCGUUAUUCCAGGCCUCACAAGUGGUGUGGGCAAAAUGAUCUACGCGGGCAGCAUCGGUACACAAAUUGCCAAUGAACUCAUCGAUUCCUACAGUUUCAGGGCCAACUCAUCCCCAUCAAGCGGAGUGUCCAGCCCAUUUGGUGCAGCCCAGAGUGUAUCAGAAUCCCCUCAAGCAAGCGGAAGUCUGUCAAGCCGAGAGGAGGAUGCAGGAAGUUCUUCCGAGUUGCAGAUUGAGGCGGUCCCCAGUGUUUCGGGAAGUGCAGGCGAGCCGUCCCAGCAGGACUUGGACAGCAUGCUGGUGUCGGGCCUGAACAGCUUUAGCAACGAUGAAGCGGCCAUGGCGGUCAUCAUGAGCUUACUGGAGACGGACGUAAACAUGGGGCAGUCGGGGGGGGACUUUGAUGAUUUACACUGGCCCUUCUGAGACACACGCCGCAAAAAAAAAAAAAAAAGACACGUAGGCUCGUGAAACAGCACUUGAAGUGGACGGGUCUUCCGGUGGGAUCGAAAUACUUUUUUUUUUCUCGCCCUGGCUUGACUAUAGGAAAAAAAAAUCCGACAGACCUGCAGUGCUGCUAAACAUUAUUUUUUUUUAAAUAGUCCAUCACUAAAUGUAUUUUUUUUUCUACAUUGCAGUAUGCAAAAAUGGACACAAUACCUCAGGCCUUAAUUUACAACCCACUUAACAUUACUACUGUUUUCCACACAUUCAAGCAAAUUUCAAACUGUCAAGAAAUGAAAACAAUUCCCGCGAAAAAAUGUCGAGUUGCAGCAGCGGCAAUUUCAUUUUAAAAGUCAACUGUUUUGUUUCAUGUAUAGAAUGUUGGAAGAAUAUUUCCACUUCAAAUGGGGCCAUAACUUUAAAAAUAUAUCUUAACGUACGGACGGGAAAAGACUUGAAAGUAUUUAGUAUGCCGAUGUUUACUGAGCUUUUUGUGCAGGUUGAAAGUCACGUUAGCAACUUCUCUGUUGUCUGGAUGCUACUUUCAAUUUAUUUAAUAGCGUCACUUUGUUUGUAUGUUGCUGAAUGUCCCGAUACCACAAAAAGCCUUUUGUGAACAAAAACAAAUUUGCUACUGAGAAUAUGCAACAUUAGACUAAAAACAAUUUUAGAGGAUUAAAAAAAAAAAAAACCAGCAGUGAGAUUUAAAAAAAUAUAUAUUUUAGUAAAAUCUUUUCUUCCUCCAUCCAGCUCAUGCAAACUUCACGGGUUAUCACUGGCUCCUUGAAUCUUGAAAAAAAACAUAAUGUGAUUGUGUUGCCUUGUGUUUUUUGAAUGUGUAGAAUCAACAAUGCGAUGUGGCUUUGGAAAACCGCUUUGAAAAAAAAAAAAAAGGUCGGUUUCGAACCCGUUAUCAGGAGAAAGCGUGUCUUGUCUGUUUAUACGUGCGAACUGUUGUUGAUGUUUCUGCUGUAAGGAGUUAAAGUUCAAUUUGGAAGUAAAGUACUUUUUGUUUAUAGGAA